AUGCCUAGUCGCAAGCGCCUCGCAGCGUCGCCAGUUGCGCAGCACACUGUGAAGAUCCACAGAAACGACAGUGCUUUAGCUGGUGUCGGUGACAAUGGGAGUGACAAAGACGGAUUCGACGAGAGCGACAAUGAUGACGAUUACCGGGCCGACGCAGAAUAUGAACGCGAGAGGCACGACUCUCCUACCUCGGACAAAGAUGUCGAAGGAGAAGAUUAUCCAUUAUCCCUCAGGAGAAAUUACAAUUAA